AUGGCUAUCAUGAUGAAGAGCGUCAAUGACUGUCCCAAAGAGGCCUUGCGCGAAUACCUUAUCAAACAGAAAGCUGAAAUACUUGCCAAGAUGAGAGCUGCAAAAGCUCAUCGGGAGCAACUAAAAAAACAACCUUGUAUUGAUCCAGCCUUGGGACCUGCAAUUCCUGAAUCCUUGGCUCCAACUCCAUUGGUCCCCUCCUCUUCUCAUUGUCCCACUAGCAAACCCAAAGAGAAUAUCCCCUCCUCUUCUCGUCCUCCAACUAGCAAACACAAACAAAAUCAUAAUGUAAUCGAAGUUGAGGACAACACCAACAAUGAAGAUGAGGAAGAUUCAGACCCCACUCAAACUCAAGACCUACCCAAUUUGCUGAUCAACCCAAUCCUUGAUCAAUUAUGA